AUGGGGAGCAGAAGACAUCGUGACACUGUGCCAGGCGGAGGUCCUGGAGACUGUAGCGAGGGAACAUCUUGGCUGGGCCUCACAACCAGCAGGUCUAGUUAUCAAAUCGAAGACAACUAUAAGGUGCUGGGCUUCAUUGGCCGAGGCAGCUUUGGCAAGGUGUUUGUAGGGCGACACUACGGCACAUACAAGUGGGUCGCCAUAAAGGAAUUAAAAAAGACAAAGGGGCAAGCGGCCUACAUUGCAACGGAGGUUGCCAUACUGAAGGACCUUCAACACCGUAACAUCACACAGCUGCUGGAGGUAACAGAAUCGAAGGAAUACGUACAUCUUGUACUAGAAUUUGUGCACGGGAUCAACCUGGGGCAAGUGCUCUUCUGCGGCAAAAGGAACAGGCUGUACGAGGAGGAUGCCCUGACUAUUUUCCAAGACAUCUUGGAAGCGGUAAAUUACUGCCACAGGCAGGGUAUCGUACAUGGGGACCUCAAGCCCGGAAAUGUUUUGCUCAACACCAAUGGCCGAGCUAAACUAUGUGACUUCGGGUUAGCGUUCCGGUUCGUCCCCGGGCAGGAGCUGAGCGUGCCUGGUGGGACGCCAGCCUAUUUUGCCCCGGAACGAUUCCUGUAUCCCACCUACGAAGGCCCUCCUCUGGAUGUCUGGGCCCUCGGGGUAAUAUUAUAUGAGACGAUCACAGGGAGGCAUCUCUUCUCUGGAAUGCCACCAGAGAUAAAUGAUACCAUCAUUUUUGGGAUUGUGCGCUACCCAGACUUUGUCUCUGUGAAAGUAAAAAACUUGAUUGGAAAGAUCAUGAACAGGAGCGCCAAAAGGCGACCAACAGCGCAGGAGCUGCUGCAUGAGCAGUGGCGCCAGGGUGUCCGGCCCCAAAGUCCUUCUGGGCCGCUCCCUUUGUCCGCCAAGAGGGCCAUUCUAACCCACAUGGCAGAGAUGGGUUUCGAUCAACUUGAAGUGAUGGACACCCUCAGGAAGAAAGAAUAUAACCACCUUAUGGCAACAUUCUUACUGCUACAAAGCUGCGCCCUCGAGGGACGGGACUUCAGAAAAGUGGGGAGGACUGCGCAAGAGGGUACAGACCAAACAUCAUGGUGCCCUCCAGGUCCCAAACUGUCACCUCACGAUCUGUAUAUGGCCAGCGAGCCUGUCCCCCGCGCUGAUCGCUUAUUCUGCGGACUGAAGACCCACGGAGAACAGGGUGGCAGAAGCUCCCUGCCGCCCAUGGCCAUCCAGAGGACCACAACUCCCAAUGUGUACCCAAAUCGUGCCUCUCCCAGCCCGUCCUCCCAGUCUGGCCCUUCCGAUCCCAGCCUGUCCUCCCAGUCUGCCCCUGCCUUUCCCAGUGUGUCUUCCCAGUCUGACGCUACCUUUCCCAGC